UGCCGUCAGCGUGCUCCCUUGCCCCGCCCUGGUUAGUGUGAAGCCUGCCGGCCAGGCCUGCGCAGUUGCGGCGGCCGGUGAAGAUGGUGGAGGACGGCGCGGAGGAGCUGGAGGACUUGGUGCAUUUCUCCGUGUCGGAGUUGCCUAGUCGCGGCUACGGCGUCAUGGAGGAGAUCCGGCGGCAGGGCAAGCUAUGCGACGUGACGCUCAAGAUCGGGGACCACAAAUUCAGUGCUCACCGGAUCGUCUUAGCGGCCUCCAUCCCGUACUUCCACGCUAUGUUCACGAAUGACAUGAUGGAGUGCAAGCAGGAUGAGAUUGUAAUGCAGGGAAUGGACCCAAGUGCGCUGGAGGCUCUCAUCAACUUCGCUUAUAAUGGCAACCUUGCUAUCGACCAGCAAAAUGUGCAGUCACUGCUGAUGGGGGCAAGCUUCCUGCAGCUGCAGAGCAUCAAAGAUGCUUGCUGCACGUUCCUCCGAGAGAGGCUUCACCCCAAAAACUGCCUGGGUGUGCGCCAGUUUGCCGAGACGAUGAUGUGUGCUGUGCUGUAUGAUGCGGCCAACAGCUUCAUCCACCAGCACUUUGUAGAGGUGUCUCUGUCUGAAGAGUUCCUGGCCCUGCCCCUGGAAGAUGUGCUUGAGCUGCUGUCUCGGGAUGAGCUGAAUGUGAAGUCAGAGGAGCAGGUUUUUGAAGCUGCACUGGCCUGGAUCAGAUAUGACCGGGAGAAGAGGGGACCAUGCCUGCCUGAGCUGCUGUCCAAUAUCCGCCUGCCUCUUUGCCGGCCCCAGUUCUUAUCAGACCGAGUGCAGCAAGAUGACCUGAUACGGUGCUGUCACAAAUGCAGGGACCUGGUGGACGAAGCAAAGGACUAUCACCUGAUGCCAGAGCGCCGGCCCCACCUGCCAGCUUUCAGGACUCGGCCUCGAUGCUGCACGUCCAUCGCUGGGCUCAUCUAUGCUGUGGGGGGCCUCAACUCAGCAGCAAAUUUUUAUGCAGGUGAUUCCCUGAAUGUGGUGGAAGUGUUCGACCCUAUCGCCAAUCGCUGGGAAAAGUGCCACCCCAUGACAACAGCCCGAAGCCGUGUGGGCGUGGCUGUGGUGAACGGGCUUCUCUAUGCUAUCGGGGGAUAUGACGGUCAGUUGCGGCUGAGCACCGUGGAGGCCUACAAUCCUGAGACGGACACAUGGACCCGAGUGGGGAGCAUGAAUAGCAAGCGAAGUGCCAUGGGGACAGUCGUGCUGGAUGGACAGAUCUACGUGUGUGGAGGCUAUGACGGCAACUCCUCCCUCAACUCUGUGGAGACCUAUUCACCUGAGACGGACAAGUGGACAGUGGUGACUCCGAUGAGCUCAAACCGGAGUGCCGCUGGGGUCACAGUCUUCGAGGGCAGGAUAUAUGUGUCAGGAGGCCACGACGGCUUGCAGAUCUUCAGCAGUGUGGAACACUACAACCACCACACGGCCACCUGGCACCCAGCAGCCAGCAUGCUCAACAAGCGCUGCCGACACGGUGCCGCCUCCCUGGGGAGCAAGAUGUUUGUUUGUGGGGGCUACGAUGGCUCUGGCUUCCUCAGCAUUGCUGAGAUGUACAGCUCUGUGGCAGACCAGUGGUGUCUCAUAGUACCCAUGCACACACGCCGGAGUCGGGUCUCCCUCGUGGCCAGCUGCGGGCGCCUCUACGCAGUGGGAGGUUAUGAUGGGCAGUCAAACCUAAGCUCGGUGGAGAUGUACGAUCCAGAGACGGACCGCUGGACAUUUAUGGCCCCUAUGGCGUGCCAUGAGGGAGGGGUUGGCGUGGGCUGCAUCCCUCUUCUCACCAUCUAAAGAGAGGAUGGGAUGUGGUGGGUUAGGGAUCUGGUACAAGUCUAGGCGCUUCCUUCCAGGGGUAAGUCCUCCCAGAAUAGGCAGUGGUGGACCAGAAGACAGGGUGUAAUGUGAGCUUGCCAGAGGGACAGUUUUUCCAGGUGCUUUAGUCCUCUCUCACUGUGCUGCCCUUGUGACCUUAGGUUGUCAAGAUGCACAGCACAGGACAGGAGUCCCUCUGGGUCCCACACCAGUAACACGGAAGUGCUUUGCUGUCCGUGUACACAGGCUGCGCCCAAGCCCAGCGAGCACUGGCCACCGAGCUGGCAGCGAGUGCUCAUGUGCAGGAGGUCUUCCAGCCGAUGUUUCUCCUUCCCUGCCUGUCUGUAGCCCUGUUGUGGCCAAUUCGCCAUGGGAAGCCACAGUGUCCAAGCCUUUUGGGAAGUGGGUAGAGCUGGGCGAGAAGGGACACCCUGGUGUUCUCACUGCCUGCGGUGGUGCAGCUAGAGCAGCGAGCUACGUGCGUGAGCACAGGCCUUCCUUCCGCCAUGGGCACAGAGGACUCGCUCUCUGUCUCCAGCAAGCAGGGAGAACAGAAGUCUUCCCCGUGCCUGAUGUUUUGGGAAUCCAGUGAGGUCUCUCUCCACUUGUCCGGAGAAACAGGAGGGGUAGAGGUGCUGGAGAGAACUGGAGGAAAUGUCAGAAAAUGUUCAAGAGAGACUGGAAGGAAAAGACUUGAAGUGAACAUUUUUCACAGGAAGAAAACAUAAAAGACACUAAAAGCAAACGCACAUUUAAAUGGAAAACCAUCAAACACGACAACAGUGGUAUCCACUCCCACAUCCGGAUCCCAGGGUCCCGAGUCCUCCUAAAGCAGUUGGGAUUCCCUCUGAGCCCCACAGUGUGUCUGAAAUCAGGGCACUCUUGACUGACCUGUGGCAAGGUGCUCACAGGGUUUGGUCUCUUCACCCACCAUCACAGGACUUUUUAAAUCAUUGGCUUAGGGAGCCAGUUAAAUUACUGCCACGCUUCUCUACCCAGGCUCCCAGCUGUCACCCCACGAUCACCUACCACCACCAGCCAGCGCUCCUACAGAUCCCCACUCCCCCAUAAUCCUUUCCCUCUUUGGCCAGCAGGAAACAACAUGUCUGCCCAGAUUAACACUUACCAGUCACAUCCUUGAAUAACUUCCUCAUCGCGAUGCUUCUGGAGCUCAUCGACCAUUUGUACCUCUAGGACCUAACCAGGGGCUUGCUCCCACCAGCCAUGGACCAACUUGGUCAGGUGACUUGUCUGCCCUGCCAUUCCCCUAUUUUCCAUCCAUUUGCCAACCCUGGGUGUCCACCUUCUCUCCAGCCCUUGUCAGACUGACCAGCAAGAUGGGCCUUUAUAUUCAAGCAAUGAACGCUGGCGUCAUGAUAUAAAGGCCUACAGACUAAAAAAAUGUCUUUUGCUGCUGCAAGGAAGAGAUUUUCUAUUUCUUCCUCUAAUCUUGGCAAAUGACCUCGUGAAGAGACUCAAUGCUCCUCCUUCCUCUGGAUGGGACCUUAACCCAGCACAGAAGGACCCAGAGAGCAGACUUUUUGUUACCAGUGCACUGGGCAGUGGGGCAGACUUCCAACUGCUGCUGCCAAAGUCUGCUUCCCGAAGAUUCUCCCAGCGGAGACUAGAGAAUAUAAUUGUUCUUAGCCCCAAACUGGGUCUUAGGGUCCCACUGACCACCUGAUUGGUUUCUUGCCCUUUGCUGCCUACCUGGAUCGGCCUAGAGGACGGUCCAGAAAGGUGCAGCGUGAAGCCUGCUGGGAUCCCUUGCCCCAGACCAUCAGGUUUGCCAGUGCGUGCAAUUGCCACAGAGUCACAAGGAAGGACUUUUGGUCCAGCAACUCAAGAGCUGGGCCUCUGCUAUAAGCACUUGAAAAUAAUGUUUUUAUCUUAAACGACAGAACAAUCUGAUAACUGAUAAAUUUUAACUAGGCUCCCAGUGGAGCCCCAGCAUUUCUUCCUGCCCCUCAGUUUCCCUGCUGAGGUAGACUGUGGGGGACUGUGGGUCUUGGUUUCCUCUUGGUCCUUUAGGAGGACGUUCCUCUUAAGUCCUGUGAAUGUACUGCCCAGCCUCGACUGUGAAGGUGCUGAGAACCAGUCAGCGGGCUCCCAGACGGGCCCCCUGGGUCCUUCUGAUGCUAGCAGACUACAUCACUAGAGAUGAUACGUCAUCUCCUCCCGGCCUGCUGCUGUCUGAUUAGCCUUCCUGCACCCACUCCCACCUCCUAGAAUAGAGGCUAAACCGAGACAGUGUUUCCAAGAACGACCAGGUCAGUGUUUUAAUCUAAGCUCUCAGCACACUUGAGCAAGCAGGAACAUUUUUAUACUCCCUUGCCUGAGGGCAGGUGGCUGAUCUGUCUCACUAGUGUUAGAACAGUAGGAUCAUGGGAAAGCAGAUAUCACCCAAGGACACUGGAAAGAAUGUAACAGGAGGUGGGUCUGACACACCACCACGGGACCAUGGGGUCUGGCCACUGUCCUUCCUCAUCUCUUCUCACUCUGGGCUUCUCCAGAGAUCACAAGCAGAAGAGAGCUGAAGACCAGCCUCUGAUGGAACUGAGGAGGGGUCCUGACCCUCUUCUCCCACAGCUGUUUCACAGGAAACUUUUUAUUUAUAGGACGCAUGUCUUUCGUGUUAAGAAACCAAAGAGAAAUAAAGAGAACACUCCUAAUACUCUUGC